AUGCUUGCAGGUCUCCUUUUCUUGGUAUGCCAUCCCAUUGGCAUGACAGCCUAUCGUCAGCAGUUGCCGAGUGUGGUUGUGCUUCCAGAGACCGAGACACCCGCAGCAGCCCGAUUGAUCAGCGGAUUGGCUUCCCAACGUAGAGCAGCUUCAGAAGGAGCCUCAGGCCGGAUUCGGACUGUCCAUGAUCGGAUGUGCUGA